AUGUCUCCCCAAUACGGUGCCCUCGGCGCAACUUUCCAACUAUCCCGCCUCUUCCAAGUCUGCUCCCUAAUUGCCAUAAUUGGCAUGACAGCAAAGUUCAUCAGUGUGCUAGUAAACAACAAUGCCACACCCCCAAAUAUCCUAAUCGGAACGAUCAGUGUGACCUGCAUCGCAGCAAUCUACUGCAUAAUCACCGCGAUCCUCUACACAGACGACAUCCUCCCGUUCCUAGCCUGUGCCGUGCUAGACAGUCUGCUGCUAAUCGCACUGAUUGUCGUCACUGUUAUCGUCGGCAAACCACUCUCGUACCUGAAGUGUACGACGCUAGCGGAGCUGGGAGAUAAGGAUGCUACGUUGUAUGCGUUUGCGUCGAGACUUUCGAGUUAUAUUGCUAGUGUUAGUGGGAAGAUUGAUUAUGUUUCGUGGAUUGGGGCUUCAAAGGCGAUUUGCAUUGAGACGAAGGCUAUUUGGGGGUUGAGUAUUGGACUUUGUAUUCUCUUUUUCUUCUCUGUUAUUUGCAAUGUUUGUUUGUGGCUACAGAAGAAGAAGGCUCUUGCGGUGAAGAGUAUGGAGUAA